AUGGGUGUCGAAUGGUGGGUCUUUUCAUGUGCAAUCGAGACGGUCCCUUCCUCUUAUAGUCGUGUGAGUAUUCUUUGUACACCAACUGGUUCUUGGGAUAAGGAUAAAAUUUCCGCUCAUGUUGAUAACGAGGAUGCUAUGUUCAUAUUGGCUGUUCCUCCUACUAUAAAUUCAGUCCAUCGACACAUAUGGAGUAGUGGGAUUCGGGGAGUUUAUUCUGUCAAGAGCGGCUAUCGCUACAGUAAAAGAAUUUCUGCGGCUAUAUCAUAUACUCUGAAGUUUGAAACUCUUCAGUUACGAGUUCCUCAAUUCUCUGUUGGUCUUUCAAUGUCGAAAAAGAAGAAGAUUGAAGACAGAAUCAGCCUUCUCCCAGAUUGUCUUCUUUGUCACAUUCUCUCCAACAUAAACACAAAACAAGUUGUCCAAACUUGUGUUCUCUCAAAACGCUGGAAGACCCUUUGGACUAGUAUCCCCACUCUCAACUUCAAUUUCAAGUCCUACCCGUUUGAAGAGCCAAGUCUAAAUGCUUGUAGAUCGAAACAAUCAUCGUUCAAGAAUUUCAUCUUCAGAAUUCUAUCCGAACGCUGUCGCACCAAAAUUCAAAAAUUGAGCUACACUUCCUCAGGAAAUGAAGAUGAAGUGGUUUUGGUUGAAUUAUUGAUAUGUUUUGCACGACGCCACAAUGUUCGGGAACUUUACCUAGACACUUAUUACAUUAGUGUUUAUGACUGGAAAUAUUGUUUGUCGGCGUGUUCAUCACUGACUGUGCUGAAGAUGGUGUGUGGGUUUGUGGCUGACUGGGGAGUCUUGACUUUACCAUCGUUGAGAAUUUUAGAGAUCGGGGAAGAUUGUGAGGAUGAUGCAGAUUACAAAGGAAUUAGAAUGUUCUCGGGCUGUCCAAACUUAAAAUCUUUGGUUUUAAUCAAUUAUCUUUUUGAGAGCGCCACCAUUUGUGCUCCAAAACUUGAGAAUUUGGUACUAUGUUCCGGAAAUGAAUUAGUUUUUUCAGAAGUUGAACUAACGUGUACAUCAAGUCUCAGAAAUGUCACGUUUAGCAAUAUGUUACCUACUGUGAAUUCUGCUUUAGAAUUCUCGUGCAUACAAAAAGUAAAUAUAGAAGUUCAUAACUAUCAAUUCUCAAGCGGUAACGGUUAUUUCUGUCAAAAUAAAAUAGCAGCUUUCUCCGAGUUGUUCAGAGUUUUUCAUAAUGCAAGGUCUUUCAUAUUGCCUUUGACGCCAACACAACAGGACGACGACUAUGAUAGGACUGUUAAGGAUUUUUGA